AUGGAACCAUGCAUAUCUUAUCAAACUCAAGUGCCUCUUAACAAUUAAUAAUCCCUCUUCAAUAGUAGCUUCUCAGAUUUACAAAAAUUCAGUUAUACAAGUUAAAUAUUUAAAAUGAGUACCAAUUUCACUAUUUACUAUUUUUUUAUAUUGAUUUACAGCUACACAUGUUUUGGAGAUAAGACAGUUUUCAGUAGUAAUUGCAGGCAAGCAUUGUACAAUAUUGAUGUUCCUAGCAUUGAUCAUUUGAGCGAUCUCGUAAACAAGUUCUUUAACAAAACUUUGAAAGUGAUUCAAAACACUGAUCCAUUUUCAACCAACCAUAUAGAUUUAAAAUACUCUGGCUAUGGAAUUGAAAGUGAAGGAUAUUUAGAUGACUUAUUGGUGUCAGGAGCAGCAUCAACCAAAUUAAGUAAUAUACAUAUCGAUGACAAAGAGUCACUUCGAUUUGGUAUAGACAUAGCAUUGAAAAAUAUUCAAUUUCUCAGUGCAUUCAGUCUUAACUUUAAUAUGCUUACAAUGUUACCUAUUAUUGGAGAUGGUGAUAUUGGCACAGCCAUGUCAGGACUUCAAUUUUCAAUAAAAACAACCUUUAAAGAAUUGAUGGAUAAAAGAAUUCAAAUAUCUGAUCUUCAAUUUGAUUGCAGUGUUGGUGAUGUGAAGGUGGAUAUAAGCAGAGUCUUCAACAACACAUAUUUGGCAACAUAUACGGGCCAGGUGCUGUCAGAAUUAUUACCACUUCUUCUUAAUGAUUUUCCUCCGCUCAAAACAUAUGGAGGUAUUGGUUUAAUGGCAGGUUUAAACGUUUUACUAUGUGACCAAGCUGUCACACUUCAGACAGUUGUUACAUUCAUGGAGAAAUUUAUACAAUAAAUAAAUGAUUUCG